AUGGAGCAACUUUCAACCCAUUUUCGGUUCAUGCGAAAAGCCCUGGAGGUUGGACAGAAGGCUCUGGAUGAAAAAGAGGUACCUGUUGGAUGUGUGUUUGUACACCGCGGGAAAGUGAUAGCAGAAGGAUCCAAUAAAACAAACGAGACCUUAUGUGGGACAAGACAUGCUGAAUUUGAGGGGAUCUCCCAAAUUGUGAGCACUAAUCCGAAUUCAUACAAAGAUAUACUAAAAGAAACAGACCUCUACGUGACUGUGGAACCCUGCAUUAUGUGUGCCUCGGCUCUCAGACAACUCCAGAUCAAAAGAGUCUUUUUCGGGUGCGGAAACGAUCGGUUUGGUGGAAACGGCUCGGUAUUAUCGCUUCAGAUUGAUCAAGCUGAAGUCGAAUCUUUUCCAAGAGGUUAUUGUUGCUAUCCUGGCAUACUGAAUAGAGAGGCUGUGAUGCUACUGAGGAAGUUCUAUCUGCUUGAGAACGACAGUGCUCCCCAGCCAACCACCAAGAAGACGCGCAAUCUGAUCGAGGAUGAGUUCCCGCGAAUUGAGUACAAAAAUUAUCUCACAAGAAAUCAAUUUGUGGAAAUGUUUGGCGAAGGGAGGGUUGGUAUAUAUGAUUCUGGUGGUGAUGGGUUUAUAGAGGAGUCUAGCUAA